UGUCAAUGUUGUCAAUUAACUGUCAAAUAAUACGACCGCGACGCCUUGUCGACAAAAUUGUUCAAAAUACACAAAAAUAAAUAAUAACAAGUGAAUGUAAUCCGUGGCAAAGUCGAUAAAACAACAAUGGGUGAAAAAAAUACUCCGCUUUUAGCGGUUUUACAGCUUCUACGGAAGUAUAAUCUUAAGGGUACAGAAGAUAUAUUGCGAAAGGAAGCUAGCUUAGGCGAUGUUGAGUUUGAGAACUUGGAUCUUCCUGAAGUCGAGUUAGCUAGCAUACUCACUUCUCACCACACUGAAAGUGAUCCCUACAGCUACGAAUUUGCUUACGACAACCUCAAAAAGUUUAUUGAAAACUCAUUGGAUGUUUACAAGUAUGAAUUGUCUACACUUCUGUAUCCAGUGUUUGUUCAUAUGUAUCUGGCAUUAAUAUUAUAUGAUCACAAUGAACAUGCAAGUAACUUCUUUGAGAAAUUUGGGGCUGAACAAGAAGAUUAUUGCCAGGAAGAUCUAAUGCGUCUUGCGGCUGUUAAGACUAAGGACCAAAUCAAAGGCAAUGAAUUAGCUGAAAUAUACAGUACCAACAAGUUUGUUGUCCAGCUGUCAAGAGAUGCAUCAUCGCAACUUAAACGCUUCUUACAAGAACAAAAGAGCUCAACUGUUAUAAUAAAUAUCAUAAACAACCACAUACAAGUUGAGGUACAUGAUGGCCCAGGCAGGACACAGGCCCAAGUUCGAGCUACUGCCGGAGGGAUGCUUGGAGAAGCUACUAGAAAUGAGAACCGCACUAAAGUUUACUAUGGAUUGCUGAAAGAGCCCGAUAUACAAGUUCUGCCUGCACCAGUUGAAGAUGAAGAGGAAGUGGAAGAGACCCCAGACAAACCCAAGAAGAAGAAGGCAAAAAAGGAACACAUAUUCAUGAAGAAACCCAAGUCGGAUCCCAAUGCCCCACCAAAUGAGAGAAUACCAUUACCAGAGCUGAAAGAAACAGAUAAAAUAGAAAAAGGAAAAGCUCUAAGGGAAGCUUCAAAACGAAUCCAACUGGGCCCAGACAGCUUGCCGUCAAUAUGUUUUUAUACAUUGUUGAAUAGUGGUCACACUGCCAUUUGCACUGAUAUUUGUGAUGAUUCUACAUUACUUGCUGUGGGUUUCAGUAACUCCAGUAUAAAGGUGUGGACACUGACUCCUGUGAAACUCCGGGGAAUGAAAUCUGCUGAGAAGCUACAGGAUAUUGACAGAGAAGCUGGCGACGUACUCGUCAGGAUGAUGGAAGAAAAGGAUAGAGACACAUGUCGGACUCUAUUUGGUCAUUCUGGCCCAGUAUAUAAAGUUAUGUUCGAUCCAUUCAAAACCAUGCUUCUCUCUUGUUCUGAGGACUCGACUGUACGAUUAUGGUCACUUCAAUGUUGGACGUGUUUGGUGGUGUUCCGAGGCCACGUAUGGUCAGUUUGGGAUGUGCGCUGGUCACCGCAUGGCCAUUACUUCGUGACUGCCGGCCACGACCGUACGGCUCGACUUUGGGCAACUGAUCACCAUCAGCCGCUCAGAAUAUUUUCAGGACAUUUAUCAGACGUCGAUUGUGUCCAGUUUCACCCUAAUUCGAACUACGUGGCUACAGGUUCUAGUGACAGAACAGUACGCGUGUGGGAUUGUUUGACGGGAACGCAAGUCCGGAUUAUGACAGGCCACAAAUCUACGAUAUUUACUUUGGCGUUUUCGGUUUGUGGAAGAUGGCUAGCUUCGGGAGGAAAUGGAGAGCUCAUUGUAUGGGACAUUUCAACAGGAUCUCCAGCUGCAUUGAUACCGCCGACACACACUGCGCCUAUACAUGCAUUAGCAUUCAGUCGUGAUGGAACAAUAUUAUCAUCUGGUUCAUUGGAUUGCAAUAUAAUUUUAUGGGAUUUCAAUGCCAUAACAGAAGAAGCCAAUGGUGAGGAAGCUGGAACUACUAAUAAUACUACAGUUCAGAAGGAAGACAAAUUUUUGUUACGUUCAUUUGCAACAAAGAAUUCACCCAUAAAAGGGUUACAUUUUACGCGACGUAAUCUAUUGCUUGCAGUAGGUUCUUAUGAAGGGAGUUCUUAAAAUUCUGUAGUUCUUGCAGUGUUUAUUAGAUAUUAAGAAUUUAAGACUAAAUAAAACUUCUACCUAUUA